AUGGGUGCAAGAUAUAAUCUCCGAUAUAGUAAGUCAGGAGAUUCAAAAGAAAAUUCAAUUACUAAUGUUUCUAAACUACCACAGUUUUCACAUUUCUAUGUAGAUUUUGUCAAUGAUGGUUGUGGUACAGUAUUAAGAUCCAAAAAAAAGUUUAGUCCUGGUGAAAAAUUGAUGGAUUUAUGUGGUAGUUAUAUUUGUGAACCUUUAGACGCUAUUAAAUUAUAUCAAAAAUGCCAAGAAUAUCCUAAGCUUCAUAGAAGAAAAUUUUUUGUUCAAAGUAAUUAUUCUUUCUAUUGCUGUGAUAUGGAGAAUAGCUUUAAUGAGCCAUGUUAUUAUUUAUUACAACGAAGAAUUAAUGGUUUUAACUGCCGGCCAAUAAUUUACUAUUCAGAUGAUGAUGUAAACAAAUUACGUCCUAAAAUUUCUAUUAAAGCUACCACACUGAUAAGAAAAGGUGACCCUAUUAUUGUAUACUACGGAUUGUUAGUACCUUUCUUUAAAAACAGAACAAUUUACAGUUCAUCUCUAAAUUUUAAAACAAGGUCGAAAUUUGUGACACCUAUUAGGCUUAACAAACAAAAAUCAUCAAAGAAGAGUGUAAAUUUCUAUGAAGACACUUCUUUAUUAGAAUUUGCCACAGCAGGAGAUUUAGAUUUUAAUGAAGUAUCUGAAAGACUAAUAAAUAUUAAUGAAAAAUAUGAAAAAUAUCUUGAAACGACUGUUCCUUUACAUAAAGAAGUUGUGCUCGAUUUAGCUAGUUGUUUUAAUAUUAAACCAAUUUUUAAAAAAAGACCAAGUAAAAUUAAUAAAUCAUUGGAAGACGACGAAGAUGUUGUUUAUCCACAACCUUUACCCGAUGCUAAAGAUUGUGUAAAACGUGCUCCAGUUGUUACAAUAAUGGGUCAUGUUGAUCAUGGAAAAACAACUUUAUUAGAUGCUUUAAGAAGUUCUAGAAUUGUUGAUAGUGAACAUGGUGGAAUAACACAACACAUAGGAGCAUUUUCAGUAAAAUUAAAAAACUCAGAUUCAAAAAUUACAUUUCUUGAUACUCCAGGACAUGCUGCAUUUAAAAAAAUGAGGCAACGUGGUGCUAUGUCAACAGAUAUUGUUGUUCUUGUUGUUGCAGCAGAUGAUGGUGUUAAUGAACAAACAAUUGAAUCCAUAAAAUAUGCCAAGGAAGCAGGAGUUCCUAUAGUUGUUGCCAUUAAUAAAUGCGAUAAACCAACAGCAAAUACAAAAUUGACAAGGCGAAAUCUUAUGGAACAUGAUAUUAUUGUAGAAGAUAUGGGCGGAGAUGUUCAAGUGGUUGAAAUAUCUGCUUUGUAUAAAAAAAAUAUUGAUAAAUUACAAGAAGCUUUAAUUUCUUUAGCUGAUAUUAUGAAUUUAAAAAGUACUUUUAAAGGAUUAGUUGAAGGUAUUAUUAUUGAAUCUUCAACAGUUCAAGGUUUAGGUAAGGUUUGUUCUUUAAUCGUACAACGUGGAACGUUAAAAAAAGGUUCUAUUAUUGUUUGUGGUACUUCUUGGGGAAAAAUAAAGACAAUGACAGAUGAGUUUGGAAAACCAAUAAAAGAAGCUGGACCAAGUACACCUGUGCGAAUUACUGGUUGGAGAGGUGAUUAUCUUCCUUCACCAGGUGAAAAAGUUUUAGAGGUUGAAGAUGAAGUAAAAGCACAAAAAAUUGUAAAUUUUAGAGAAAAGAAAAAGAUUGAUUUAUUUACUGAAAAAGAGUAUAAAGUUAUAGACGAAAAAAUGAAAAUAGAAAGAAAUAUUUAUUUACAAAACAAAAAAGUGUUAAUGGAUGAAGGAAAAAGGUUUGCUUCUACAGUACGAAACGUUAUCUGUAAAAAUGCACGCUUUAAAAGAGAGGUUGAUAGUGAUGAAUUAAAAUUAAAUUUAAUGUUACGAAGUGACGUUGAUGGGACACUAGAAGCGAUAUUAAAUGUAAUAGAUACAUAUAAUAGUGACAAAUGCGAAUUAAAUUUAGUUGAUUUUGGAGUUGGUCCACCAAUUGAAAAUCACAUUGAAUUGGCAAUUGAAACAAAUUCUCUUAUUUAUUGUUUUAAUACACCCAUUUCAACUAAUUUAAAAGAAAUGGCCAUACGUAACAAUAUCAAAUUAGAACAAUUUCUCGUUAUUUAUAGACUAAUUGAAUCAUUAAAAAAUGAAUUGAGUAAUCUUCUACCACCAAUAAGAGAAAUGAAACAAGUGGCUGAAGGCCAUGUUUUGAAGGAAUUUAUUAUAGCUCAUCAUUCAAAUAAAAAAAAAGUAGUUGCUGGAACACUAGUUGAUUGGGGAGUAUUUAAUAAAAAUAAGUUAUUUAGAAUUUCUAGAGGAACUGAUAUCAUAUACGAAGGUACUGUAGAAAGUUUAAAAUGUGGAAAGGAAUUCGUUAAUGAAGUAAAAACUAAUUGUGAAGUUGGAAUUUCUGUUCCAGAUACAACGGUUAGAUUUAAGGAAGAUGACACUGUUGAAGUAUUUGAUGAGAUUAAAGACACUGAAAAUGUCACCAUCAUUUGUACUACUUUCUCUAUUUUCUCUUACAAUUUAUUGCUAAAUAUGCCACCGAAAAGACGUCAGCGCAGGCUUCUUAAUCGUAUAAGUGAGGAAGAACAGCCAAAUAAGUUUCUUCAGCAAUUAUCUGCAGAUGAUUUUAUACUAGAACCAUCUUCAGUUGUCUUUUCAGACGUACUUCCAGAUUAUGAGACAUUAGAAGAUAAAGUUGCAGAAAUUCAAGAUAUUUAUGAUGAAGCAACUCUUGAUUGUUAUGAAGAAACUCAAAGGUUGUUAAAAGAGCAACGUGAAAAAUUAAAGGAAUUAAUUUUAAAAGAAAAUAGCGAUAUUAAGAUACCAAAAACUCCUGCCCGUGGGAAGAAUGUUUCGAAGAUUGCGAAAAUGUACGAAACUAUUGAAGAUCGUAAAGAUAGAAUGACAAGGAAAAAUUUGUUCACUAAUACAAAUAUGUCAUAUGGCAAUAAUGCUGUCGAAAUACCGAAACCUGGUAUAGUUGCUGAUUUACGUUCUAAAUUUGCCAAUAGGCAUAAUGGUAAUAAUGGAGUGUUUCGAGACACAAAAGGAAUUUCUGUUCCAUCAAAUCGUACAUUGGCUGCUCCUAAAAAAAAUAGGGAUACAACUGAGCGUGCAAUAUUACUCAUGCAACAGGAUAGCAGUCUUCGUAGAGCUGACAUGAAAAAACAAAAUUUGUUAAAAGAAAAAGCUGAAAGAACUAAGAAAGAGCGAGAAGAAAAAACAAAACAAGUUGAGGAAAGGCGUAGAUUAAAAGAACAGGAACGUGAAGAAAAACUCCGAGAAAUUAAAGAAAAAGAAGAUAGGAUUCGAGAGUUUCAGAACCAAAGAAGAACACCUCGAACUCCUAAUGGUAAUUGUUUUAAAACACCAAUCUCUACUGUUUCCCGUCCUAAGCUUGUUAGUAAAAAUACUAUUGACGAAACUCCUAUGUCUCAAAUGGGAAGAACCUUUACGAAUAAGUCUGAGAACAGGACUAUUGUUGAUAAGUCUUGUGACAUAACGGAAGCAACUUAUGAAACUCCUGUAAUUCCAAGGAAGAGGAAGGCUGACAGUAUGCGUAAAGAAGAACUUUUCAGUGAACCUAACCGAAAGAGUAAUCGUUUUCUCUUCACUGAAAAUGUUACCCCGGAAAUUACUUUCAAUUGUACUGAGGCCAUUAAUUCUAAAAUAAAUACGCACAAUGAUGAUCAAUUUAAAAAAUUUGAGGCACAGAUGAAAUCUAUUGACGUCACAGAUAUGUUUUCAUCUCCUCUGUUUAACUCUACUAAAAUCGAUGCUUCCCUUAUCCAACGUGUUGAGUAUGAAAUGACUCCUGACAAGGUUCCACAGCCGUCAACAGAAGAUGACUAUAAUAUAAAAGAUUUAUCAGAAGGAGAUGGAACAGAUGAUGAAGACAAUCCAAGGAAAGUUGUUCCAAAAUGGGCACGGGAAGAAAAUCUUCUAUUAGCCCUUAAAAAACAAUACAGGAAGUAUGGAAAAUCAGCAGAUUUUACGACUAUAUUUGGAAAAGUUCGUGAAUUUAAGAUAGAGAAUAUUUUCAAGGGAAAGAAUUAUGCCAGAACCAGUUCAGCUUUCUGGUCUUCACCGUUAUGUGAUUCUACUCAGGCACAAGCAAUUUACUAUCAGCUAAGUGAGAGUAUAGCUGAUAAUUCCCUUUAUAAUGACUAA